ACCAGAGCUCACUGGUGACGCAGAUCUCACGUGACCAGGAGUCGACGUGUGCAGAAGUCCUGCUAGUCUGGUCCUUGUUCCCGUCUGGGUACCAGGUUUCCUUUAGCAGUGCAGACGACGGAGCCUGACGCCAGGGGAAAGAGGAGUCAACUUGUCGGAAUUUUGCAGCAGGUCAGCAGGUCUGUCGUUCCUAGCACUACACAAGGCUAGAAAAGGGGAGGAAGAAAGCGAUCGGAUCAGUACAAGAGUAAUUGUAUUCAAGGAGGAAUAAAGCAGGAAAAAAGAAAGGAAGAGAAAAGGAAAGAAGGAAGGAAGAGAGACUCACAAGAUGAAACCCUGUCAAAAAAUUGAAGGAAAACCAGAAAAUGAGAGUGAACCAAAGCUUGAGGAAGAGCCAAAGCCUGAGGAAAAGCCAGAGGAGGAGGAAGAAGAGCCAGAGGAGGAGGAAAAAACGGAAGGAACUUUUAGGGAAAGGCUGAUUCAGUCUCUCCAGGAAUUUAAAGAAGAUAUACACAACAGGCAUUUAAGCAAGGAGGAUAUGUUUAGAGAAGUGAAUGAAAUAGACGAGAUAAGGAGAGUAAGAAACAAACUUAUAGUCAUGCGUUGGAAGGUUAACCGAAACCAUCCUUAUCCCUAUUUAAUGUAGUUUGCCUUGAUUUUAAUUUUUUUCUGAUAGUAACAUUGUCAUAGAGCUUUCUUUUGAUUUGCAUUUUCCUGAUAUACCUUCAUGCAUCUUUCUACUUUUAACUCGUUGCUAUUAGUGAUUUUAGAUGCAUCUGUUGUUAAUCUUCAUCUCAUUUUUUAUCAUAUUUUGAACCAAUAUACAAGUCUCUGUCUUUUAAUAGGAGAGCUUUACUCAUUUGUACAAAAAGAGGUUCCUGACAGGAUAUAAAAUGAAAAAAGGUUACUAAGUAAUAUGUGAAUAUCAUAUUUUUGAAAGGAAGAAUACAUUUGUAUAUUACAUAUAUGCACAAAGAAACGUGUGAAGGAUGAAAGACAAAAAGUAUAGUCAGUGGUAGAAUUAUGAGUAAUUUUUUUAUUCUGCUUAUUUGUAUUUUUUCUUAUUCCUAGAAUGUAUGCACAUUAUUGUUAAAGUAAUAAAAGUUUUAUAACAAAAAAGAAGUAAUCUACAGCACUUAAUCAAUUUAUUUCUAAAGGCACUGGGGGCCACUUAAUAUUUGUUGACAGAAUUUUAGAAGCAAAGGUGAACUCCAAGUUACCACAAGACCACUUAGCUAGAAGAAUAAAUUUUUUAUAUCUUUUCUCAUCUGUAAAAUAGAGAUAAUAAUCUCUAAGGGAUCAUGUGAGGACCAAAUAAGGUAAUGACUGUGAGCUCUAUUUUAACAGGUUUUUUUCCCCCAUCUGCCCAUGUAGGAUCCCAACUCCCAAAGGCUUUGAUUCAGCUAUUUGGGAUGAUGGAGAAACUAGUUCUCACCUGUGCUUAAGAAUAAAUCCAGGCAACUGUUAGGUGGGUGCCCCCCUUUAUGUUCCUUUCCUGCCCCACCUCCCUUUCUUCUCCCCUUGAUAUUAUCAUGUAUACUGGGUAGUUCUGCCCCUUCAUCCAGGCCCCUACCUAUCUGUUGCUGAUGUUCUGGAAUUCUCAAACAGUGAAGCCCAGCAUAUUUCUUCAGAACCCCCAAUUGGCUGAAUCCUCAGACUGACCUGCAGAAGUGGGGAGAAUGCCCAUUUCUUCAGUUUAGACAGAUAGUUAUGCAGGGCAACUUCGGCCAUGGUAUCUUGACAGUUUGGGGAAUUUUAACCACAGGCCCGAACUUCCCUCAUAAGACUCUGACAACAAUGGGUCCAUUUGGGGAUUGGACCAGAAGGCAAGUCUGAGUAACAGAUGUUAUGCUUUAGUCAGAAUUGCUUCUCUUUGAGUCUAAAGAUUACGGUUUUAUCUUCUGACUGUUUCCUUAGGGUGAGUGAUCUCUCCCAGAAGACUGGUGGCAGGCCCUCCUCACCAGUUCAACAGAUACCUCUAGGCCUGUGUAAAUUUUAAAGGGAGGUUCAAGUGGGAUUUGGGGAUACUGCCAUCCUUACCUGGAAAUGUGAAAAUGCUAUGUAAGACUGUAUGUGUAU